UCAAUAAUGCCAGUGUUGUUUUUGGUGCAACUGUUGCUGUUGGAAAAGAUAACUUUGAAUCCAUUAUAAGCGAUCGUCUCACUUUUGUCGAUAAAUCAAUGCUUAUAAAAGAAUUUAUUGAGGGUCCGAAUUUUAUAUCACUUAUCCUUCGUCCUCGCCGAUUCGGCAAAUCAACAAAUCUAUCCAUGCUAAAUCGCUUCUUUAAAAUACCACGUUCCCCUAAUGAAAAAGUUAGCUGCAGACAACUUUUUGAAAAGCUGAAAAUUUCAGCUGAAAAAGAAAUUAUGCAAAAACAUUUCGCGCAGUAUCCCGUCAUUCAUAUUUCACUUAAGGAUUUAACUUCUGAAACAUGGGAUGAGAUGCUGACGUUAUUAAGAGUAAUGAUAGGUGGAAUUUAUGAUAAAUACAACUAUAUUUUCAACAGUUUAUCACCCUAUCAACAAAGGAGAUAUCAACGAAUUCUUGACAGUUACCUAACCUAUCCUGUAUCUGAAUUGAAAAUUGCUUUGCAAGAACUUUCCAUAUAUCUGCGACAGCAUUAUAAAAAAAAAUGUAUUGUUCUCGUUGAUGAGUAUGAUUCCCCGAUGGAAUGCGCCUAUAGUAAAAGAUAUUAUGAAAUUGCAAAUGACUUUUUUAAAGUCAUAUUCUCAUCAUUAUUAAAGGGCAAUGAUGAAAAUGUUGCGAAAGCGAUGUUGGUUGGAGUAUUGCGGAUCACAAAAUCAGAUAAGUUUGGAUUCACGUCCGAUGAAGUAGAAUUAUUAUUGCCAAUGUGUAAAGACUUACAGUCUAAUGAUGUUCAGAAAUGGUAUGAUGGUUACAUUUCAGGAGACAAUAUACAUUUAUAUAACCCGUGGUCUAUUAUUUGUUUGCUUUCACGAGGUACAUUAGAAACUUAUUGGGCUGAUACAGGAAGCACUCAAACGUUAAAAAAAUGCAUAUGGAAUGCAAGCACUUCAUUUAAGGAAACAGUUGAGAAGUUGUUAAAGGAGGAAUAUAUAGCUGGUAUUGGGAUUCAAGAUGAUCUUCAAUAUUUAUCUUUGGGCCAAAAUCAAGAUUCAGCUAUUUGGACGCUUUUGUACUAUGCAGGAUAUCUCACUAUGAAUUCUGAGAAGCAUCUUAUUAUUCCAAAUAUUGAGAUUCGUUCAGAAUGGCAUAAAUGGGUGAUCAAUGUACCGUUUUUUACUCAAGGGCAAACCGCUACAUCAAUGUUAGAUAAUCUUCUGGUUGGAAAUUUGGAAUUAUUUAGUAACGAAUUUGGAUUUAUGAUUUUUGAUACAUUUUCGUUUUAUGAUGUUGGGGGAGCCCAAUCUGGAAAACAUGCAGAAAAUGUUUAUCAUGCCUUUUGCUUGGGAAUGUUUGUUGUUGCUCGUGAUCGAGGCUAUAUCGUUCAUUCUAAUCAUGAGGCUAGUACGGGGAGAUAUGAUGUAAAAAUAGUUCCAAAAUCAGGUGUUGGUGAGAUGGCUAUCAUUAUUGAGUUUAAAGUUGUUUAUAAUAACCAAAGUUUAAACGAUGCGGCUCACGAAGGAUUAUGUCAAAUUGAAGAGAAGCAGUAUCGAACAGGUCUACAAGAUGAAAUCAAAAGACUUCUGGAAUUAGGAAUUGCGUUUGAAGGGAAAAAUUCUUGUGUAGUGGGGCGUUUUUUGCAUAGAACUGAGGAUGGAGAAUGGAUUAAAUCAACUUUAAAAUCCUUGAGCCUUCAAGAUGUUUGCACCCUCAAACCGUUGAGAGCGAAGGUUGUCCUUUUAGUAAUUGCGCCACCAAGAAGAAAAGGGUACCAGCACCCAUCCGGCAAUAAGCACCAGCACCCAAGUUACAUGGCUAUAAUGGAGACAAUCUCAAAGAUUUAUUCUGAACGUUCUCCUGAAUCUGAACGUUCUCCCGAGUUUGAACGUUCUCCUGAGUCUGAACGUUCUCCCGAGUCUGAACGUUUUCCCACUGUAUGUUUUUCCGAUUACGAUGAAGAAAAUCUACAAGCAACACCGCCUAGUUUCGGCGAAGAUGAAAGUUGUAAACAAGUUCAGUAUCCAUUUGAAAUCUUAGUAUUAGUACCUCCCCUCAAACAAUGCCUUUCUACUAUCAAUGAAUUAGCCAUAUCAAUUCAUUGUGCAAAUACUUUAAACAUUUCGGUUACCGCUAGAUCUGGUGUUACCUCAAUUAAUAUCUCUUACUUUUCAGAACAAGCCGAAUUAGCAUUUAUAUCAUUUAACAAAGUGGUUAAAAAUCUUAGUGAAAAUAUGACACCUGUAUUAAAAUUACGACCAGAAAGUAAUAAUACUUAUACUUUUUUAUUUAGCGCUAUAUACUUGGGACCAGAAGAAGAGGCCCGAAUUUCUGUCAAAGAACUAAUCAACUUAUCAAAUCCCGCUUAUAUUAAUUUCAAAGAAAUGUCUUGGUUUGCCAUGUACCCAGCAGUUCCUCGUCAACCUUUCAAAUCGUCAUCUUAUAUUAUCUCAAAACCAGGUCUUUCUCGAGAAGGCUUCAGAUUUUUAGUAAAUUUUCUUAAUAAUAUUGAAUGCAAAUCAGUAGUUUUUUAA